AAUGAGUAUCUCGCAAAUGAAUUAAGCGUGAGAGAGAGAGAUUUGGAGAAGAACAGGACUAUAAUAGCCAAAUUUCAAUCUAAAUUAAAAGAAUUAUCAGAAGAGAAUAAGCAACUUGAACAAGGAAUGAAAGAAAUACUGCAAGCUGUCAAGGAGAUGCAGAAGGAUCCUGAUGUGAAGGGAGGAGAAACAGCCUUAAUAAUCCCUAGUCUGGAUCGUUUAGUUAACGCAAUGGAGUCAAAGAAUUCAGAAGGAAUCUUUGAUGCUAGUGUGCACUUGAAAGCUCAAGUUGACCAGCUUACAGGACGGAAUGAAGAAUUAAGACAGGAAUUGAAACAGGCUCAGAAGGAGGCAACAAAUUUCUCUAAUCAGCUGGCAAAUGCAAAUGAGAAGAUUACUCAUCUGAAAAAUGAAAUUUGCUUAUUACGUCAGUCAGAAGGUGCCAAUAUUGUCUUUCAAACAGUGAAUCUUCCAGAAGGAAUGGUUCCUUCAAGUGUUAAUAUGGUUAAUUCUCUGAAUGAAUAUUUAGUACAUCUUAUACAGGAACUGGAAAAUAAAGAACUGUCGCUUAAACAAUUAGAAGAUGCAGUAAAGGACUACAAGCGAAAAUUUGCAGUAAUUCGUCAUCAACAAGGCUUGCUGUAUAAAGAAUAUCAAAGUCUUAAGGAAACCUGGCAGAAGGAAUCAGAAGUUAUGAAAGAGGAAAAGAAAAAGCUAGAAGAGCAAAAAGAACAGGAUGCUAUAAAAGUAAAGGCAUAUUCUAAUUUACUCAGUGCACUUGAGCUGGAUCCUGAUGAAACAAAAAAAGUACUUGCAGAAAAUAAUAGAAAAAUAACUGUUUUCCGAGUUAAUGAAAGGUCACUAACAAGGCAGUAUACCACUUUACUUGAAACGGAACAGCAUCUUAGGAAAGAAAAUGAGAAACUCAAGGGUGAAAUAACAUAUAUGGAGACUGCAGUUACAGGAAAGAUUGGAAACUUGCAACGAUUCAAGGAAAUGGCUAGCUUUAAGAUUGCAGCUCUGCAAAAAGCGUUGGAUGGUAGUGUGCCAUUGUCUGAGCUAGAGCUGGCUAAUAAGCAGUAUAACGCAUUAACUGCUAAAUACCGAGAUCUGUUACAAAAAGAUAACUCGCUCGUCCAAAGGACAACAAACAUGGAACACGUGGAGCAUGAGAAUGAAUCCUUGAAAGCACAGAUAAAUUUAUUGAAUAAGGAACUGGAGAUCACGAAAGAGAAACUUCACACUGUAGAACAGGCUUGGGAACAGAUGACUAAACUGGGGGAUGAUGAUGCCAUGGACAAGGCUACAAAAGCAAUAACCAACAGUGAGAUUUUGUCCAUUUCUAAGAAAAUCACAAUGUUGGAAAUGAAGGAACUAAAUGAAAGACAAAGAGCAGAACAUUCACAACAGAUGUAUGAACAUUUAAGGAGCACUGUAAAGCAAGUAGAAGAACGUAAUUUUGAAUUGGAAGCAAAAUUUGCUGAGCUCACCAAAAUCAACCUUGAGGCACAGAAAGUGGAACAGGAAUUAAGGGAUGAAUUGUCAAAGAGUGUAAGUAAGGCAAUAAGUGAUGCAGAUAGACGACAAAUCAUGGACCUAGAGAAGCGUGAGAUGGAACUCAAGAUUGAAGUAUCAAAAUUAAGAGAACUGUCUGAUAUAGCAAAAAUGCAAGUUGAAGCUAUGGAGGCACGCCAGCAAUACAGAGAUAAAGAAGUGGAAUCUCUUAGAAUGCAAAUUUUAGACUAUCAGGCACAGUCAGAUGAAAAAGCAGUUAUUGCAAAACUGCAUCAACAUAUCAUAGCCCUUCAAGGUAGUGAAUCUGUUGCUGUAGGCAAAUCGGAGACACUUAAAUUGAAACUACAGAAGAUGGAGAUUCAUAAUCUACGUUUAGAGCAGAAGCUUGAUGAGAGAGAGCAAGCCUUAUAUUUUGCCCGACUGGAAGGAAGAAAUAGAGCCAAACAUCUACAGCAGACAGUUCAGUCUUUGCGGCGACAGUUUAGUGGUGCUCUGCCUUUAGCACAGCAAGAAAAAUUCUCUAAGACAAUGAUUCAGCUACAGAAUGACAAACUGAAGAUCCUGGAGGAAGUUCAGCAUGCCCAGCAGGAGCGUCGAAAUGCAGAAAACAGAGCAUUAGAGAUGGAGUUAAAAUUGAAGAGUUUGGAAGAAUUAAUAAGUGCAUUGAAGGAUACAAGAGGAGCUCAAAAGGUAAUUGAAUGGCAUAUGAAGAUGGAGGAACUCCAUCUGCAGGAACUUAAACUCAGUCGAGAGUUAAUCAAGCAAAAGGAAGAGGUGAAGUAUUUGCAUAAUAUAAUUUCUGAAUAUGAACAUACAAUCAAUAAUCUGGAAGAAGAAAUUGUACAGCAGAACAAGUUUCAUGAAGAAAGGCAAAUGGCUUGGGACCAGAGGGAAGUAGAACUGCAGCGCCAAUUAGACCUGUAUGAUCAUCAACAAAAUGAAAUACUGAGGACUGCUGUAAAGUUAGAAGAGGCUACAGGAUCAGUUCCAGACCCUAGUUUGCCACUCCCACAACAGCUUGAGUUGGCUUUGAGAAAGAUUCGGGAGCAUAUUCGAACAAUCCUGGAAACUAGGGCAACCUGCAGAUCACUGGAGGAGAAAUUAAAAGAAAAGGAAACUGCUCUGUGGAAAGCUGAACAAAAUGUUUUAUCGAGAGACAAAGUUAUAAAUGAACUGAGACUUCGAUUACCUGCAACAUCAGAAAGAGAGAAAAUAAUGCCUGAAUUAGGCAAACAAGAAGAUGAUCCAGAGUACCAUCAUGCCAUAAAAAUUGCUCAUCAAACCAUUGCAAAUAUGCAAGCAAGAUUAAAUCAAAAGGAGGAAGUGUUAAAAAAAUACCAACAUUUGCUUGCUAAAGCAAGAGAGGAACAAGAGGAAAUAGCAAAGAAGCAUGAGGAAGACCUUAGAGUUCUAUACCAGAAGUUAAAUUUGCAUACUGAAAAUUCCCUUAAUAAAUACAAACAGACUGCUUUGGAGUUAAUGAAAAAGACUUCUUUAUCACUUUCCAACAACAAACAUUUUCUCCGCUUAGCUGAAAUGGAGCAAACUGUAGCAGAACAGGAUAAUUCUCUUGCUUCACUUGUUGGAAAAUUAAAGAAAACAUCAUCUGAUUUGGAGAAACAAAAACAAAUUACUUUAAUGAAAAUCAAAGAGUUUGAGACUAUCAGAGCUCAGCUUCAGGAAAAGCACACGGGUGAUGUGGAACAACUAAAAGAUGAAGCAAAUGAAUUGAGGAACAUGUUAUCUCAGAUGGAGACGGAAUUAACAAAUGUAAAAGCUGAACUAGAGGUCCAAAAAGAAGCAAAUAAUAGAGCACCCACAGCAACACUGAAAAACCUGGUGGACCAGCUGAAGAUCCAGUUAACCAUAAAAGAGAAGCAGCAGAAAGCUUUGAGUAAAGCACUUCUGGAGCUCCGAGCAGAAAUGACUGCUAAUGCUGAACAGCAGAUUAUUUCUGCUGCAUCACAAAAAGAGGCAUAUAUGAAUGUCCAGGAGAUUGUUGACAGACAAACAAAGGGGCUUGUGACACAGAUAGAGGAAUUAAAUAACCAGAUUACAAAACUUACAGAUAACCUCAAAAUAAGUAAAACCAGGGAAAGUUCUUUGUCUGAUGAAAGGGAUGAGUUGAACCAAGAACUUCAGAGGAAGCAAAAAGCAUUUGCUAAAAUGUUGAGAGAAAAAAAUGAAAUGGAAAAAGAAAAUGAAGAACUGAAGAAACGGAUUAGGAGGCUAAGCAGUAGCAUUCAGAGCAAAGCUGAGGAACAAAAUCUGAUAGAUGCACUUCAGAAAAAAAUUAAAAAGCUGGAAAGUGAACUUGAGAAGUGUGAAGAAACAGAAGAAAAAGGUGUAAGAGAAGACAAGACCUCCAAGGAGGAAAUAAUUAGAUGGGAAGAAGGUAAAAAAUGGCAAAUCAGAAUGGAAGGAUUGCGGAACAAACUAAGGGAAAAGGGAAAAGAAGCAGAUGUUUUAACCAAACAGCUGAAUACAUUGAAGGAAAUUUAUACCAAGACUGAAAAAGAGAAAAUUGCUCUACAGAAGAAACUUAAAACCACUGGUAUCACAGUUGACCGAAUUGUUGGAGUAAGAGCCUUAGAGACUGAAAAAGAACUGGAAGAACUAAGAAAACAGAAUCUAAAGUUAGAAAAUGAAGUUGCUCACAUGAGAACACAACAAGCAAUCCCACGAGAUUCUGUUGUAGAAGAAUUACAUUUGAAAAAUCAGUACCUUCAGGAAAAGCUUCAUGCAUUGCAGACACAGUGUUCUAAAGAGACUUAUUCUAGACCCUCGAGUACAUGUGACCAAACUGAACUGACCAAGUCUUUUCCUAUCAGUAUCAGUAAACAAAAGUAUUUGAAUUCCCUUCAAAAGAAAUCUAUUUCGAAUAGGAAUGAAAUCAAACUUCAGACUAAUUAUAGCAUUAUUAACAGCAAUGAAAUAGAUGAGGAAGCAGACAUGCAAACAUGCAUCAUGCAUAACGAAGACCAUGAGGCUACUGUGGAUGCAAGCACAGAAGUGUCUCCUGAACAGCACCCUGAAGAUAGUGAGAAAUGCAAGGACACAGAUAUUUCUAGGGAAGGACUGAAAAACAAAAAUAUAGCUGAAGCUGAUGAAGACAACUGCAGUGAAAAAGAAGAAAAUAUAAUGCAGCCUGAGAGUGGAAAACUUAAUGGCAGAUUUGAAGAGGAAAGGAAGCAAGAAAUACUCAAGCAAUCACAUGUUGAUGAAGAAGAAAGUGUAGAAGAGCCUUAUGCUGACAGAAUGAGCUGCAAUCCAUCUGAUUCAGGGGAACCUUCUAAUCAAGCUAAUAACUAUGCAGCAGAAGAAAUAAAUGUGAACAAUGAAAGGAAUCAACACACUGCAGAGGAUGAACAUGAAACUUACCAAAGUGUUACAGAAGGGGUUGAAAUAACACCAGAGUUUUGUGAAAUGCUUGAGACAUCAGGAAUAGGAUCAGAUGAUCAAUAUCGAAGAGAACAAGAGGUUUUAAAGGAAAAUUUAAGAUUAUCAUCUGAAAACAUUGAGCUACGAUUCCAGCUAGAGCAGGCCAAUAAAGAUUUGCCAAGACUAAAGGACCAAGUAGGUGACUUAAAAGAAAUGUGUGAGCUUCUCAAAAAAGAGAAAGCAGAUGUUGAACAAAAGCUGGGCAGCAUUAGAGGAUCUGGUAGAAGUGGAAAGACAGUCCCAGAAUUGGAAAAAACAAUUGGUUUGAUGAAAAAGGUUGUGGAGAGAGUCCAAAGAGAAAACGAAGAUCUGAAAAAAACUCCAGCUGUCGUUUCUAAUGAGAAAUUAUUUGUUCUUAAACAGGAAAAUGAGAGGCUAAAGUCUGAAAUGGAAAAAAUGAAACUUCAUCCGGGGGGCCAGCCGAGUAUGCAUUCUGAAUCUAAAACCAAAGGAAUGGAAAAAGUUAUUACUGAAAACGAGAGGCUGCGUAAAGAACUGAAAAAGGAAGCUGACAGUGGAGAGAAGCUACGAAUAGCAAAGAAUAACUUGGAGAUACUAAAUGAGAAGUUAACUGUACAGCUGGAGGAAACCAUUAGGAAGCUAAAUUUGGCUGAGAGCCAAUUUGAUGGAGCUAACAGUAAAAGCUGGAAGUCCACUGUAACCAGGUAG